AUGGUUGGAAAUUAAAUCGUACAAAUUAUUAUCAAGAAGGAUGGUUAGCAACAGGUAACAUACGUGGUAUAGUCGGAGUAACUUUUACAACGUCCCAUUGUAAAAAGAAUAUGGAUUAUCCCUUGCGGACAAAUUACAAUUUAAGAGGACAUCGUUCAGACGUAAUUCUUGUUAAAUGGAAUGAACCUUAUCAAAAAUUAGCAUCCUGUGAUAGUUCUGGUAUUAUAUUUGUUUGGAUAAAAUAUGAAGGAAGAUGGUCAAUUGAAUUAAUUAAUGAUCGUAAUACGCCGGUUACACAUUUUUCAUGGUCACACGAUGGUAGAAUGGCAUUAAUUUGUUAUCAAGAUGGUUUUGUAUUAGUAGGAUCUGUUGCUGGUCAACGAUAUUGGUCUUCAAUGUUAAAUUUAGAAUCAACAAUAACAUGUGGAAUAUGGACUCCAGAUGAUCAACAAGUAUAUUUUGGUACGACACAUGGUCAAAUUAUUGUUAUGGAUGUGCAUGGUGCAAUGGUAUCUCAGGUACAAUUAUGUUCAGACAUUGGUAUUACAUCAAUGGCAUGGUCAUGUGAAAAAUUUAAAAUGGAAGAGGGAGAAGAGGCCGAACCUGGUGUUACAAACGCAUCCAAACGUACAUUUGUUUUAGCUGUUAGUUUCCAAAAUGGUUUUAUUUAUUUAUUAAAAUCAUUUGAUGAUGUGUCACCAGCUCAUAUAAAUACGGGUUUAAAUGGUGCUUUGGGUUUCGUUAUGGAAUGGAGUAAUUCGAGGGAAUUAUUAGCUGUAGCUGGUACAUCACAAAAUUCUCAACAUAUGAUUAAUCCAGAAGGAACACCAAUUUUUGAAAAUUUAUUAAAAUUUUAUACUGAAAAUGGUACACUACUUUAUACCGCAAGAAUACCAAAUACUACAACAGCAGUUUCAGCAUUAACAUGGGGUCAUAAUGAUAAAAGAUUAUUUAUUGCAACUGGAACUCAAGUUCAUAUUGCAUGGGUUUCACGUAGAGUUGCUUCAUUACAAUUGUUAUGUCGUUUACAAAUACAAGCAAGUAUCGGUUCAGAAAUGAUAUUACCUUUGUUGCCUUUGCCAUCAAGGAUAAAAUCUUUGAUUGGAAAUUUAUUUGCUCAAACGAUACGGUGUUGUGUACCUGACUCAAAAUCAUUAAGGGAAUUCGUGUCACGUCCACCUGUAUGUUCAACACGAUUGCAUUGUACAAUGAUACGUCAUGAUGAUGAUUCAAACUUAAGUUCAGGAACAUGUUAUACUCUUUACCUAGAAUAUUUAGGUGGAUUAGUCCCAUUACUAAAGGGCAAAAGAACUUCAAAAAUAAGACCUGAAUUUGUUAUAUUUGAUCCUCAAGUUAAUGAUGCAAACGUAUUUUUUAACUGUUCUCCAGAUUCGAAAAGUUCUUCAGGUUCGUCUAGUCAAUCUACAACAACAGGCCGAAGUGGACCGACAGAUUCGUCUGAAAGUGAUUUUGAAGACAAAUGUCGUGGGUCACCAAGGACUCCCAGAAAACGUAAACCUAGAGUUAAACGUAGAAAUUAUAGUGGAAACGGCGAAAAACCAAAUUUUAAUGAUAAUGAAACCGUAGAUGAAUUAGCGUAUGUGGAUACAUUACCAGAGGAAGUAAAAUUGGUGGAAGUAACGUCGAAUAUAUGGGGUACAAAAUUCAAAAUACAUGGACUUGCUAAAACCGUCCCAGCUAAUCUAGGUCAAGUUACAUAUAAAACAUCGUUAUUGCACUUACAACCCCGCCAAAUGACUCUUGUUAUAACAGAACUCCGUGAUGAUUUUCCAACUGGACCUGAUCCGAAUUUCAACCCAAAUUUAUUUUCAGAAGACGAAGAAGAUCAGGGAAACAUAAUCGAUCGUUUUAAUUAUUCCAACUCUUCUUCAACUCCAACCCAUCAGUCGCAAACAGCAAUUCAAAAUAAUUCAUCAAAACCUUCUCAGAUCGCCCAGCGGCGUUUAAAUGAAAGCGCACCACCUAUUGCACCAAUGUCUCCUCGACCAAAUCGUUUUGCAAGCAUACGUAGCAAACAAUCUUCUAAUUCACCUAGUGCAAAUGGUAUUGGAAUGAGCCCUUUAGCCAGAGCUGAAUCAUAUGAUGAUGAAUCUCCAAACGAAGUUGGGGAACAUUCUUCCACACUCAACAAUCAUCAUAAGCCCACCAGGCCUAAAAAUAUUGAAGCACCAGCACCACGUCCUGGACCUAGCUAUACUUCAUUUAAAAAUCAAUACGGUAGAUCUUCAACGAGUUCAUGCGGACAAAAUAGACAUGCUAUUUCACCGCUUUGUUGUGAAGGUUCUGUUCCAACACUACAGUCACCUAAAAAUGCUGUUGCACCAAGUGAUAUAAUCUUUGAUAGACCACCAGCAGCAGGACAGACUACUUUAAUGAGCUAUUCGAGUAGCAAUGACUAUACGAAUAGUGUUGUACAAGUAAAAAAUGCUUUAUUAUCAGAUCAAAAUCGUUCAACAAAUGCACAUGUUAAUCCAGUUCCAUUAAAUUUAAACUUAAAUCUAGAACGAAUGGAUCCUAAAUUAAUGAAAGAAAAAACAACAUUUACAACUCAUACUAUUAAUAGCGUCAAAAAGAAGGAAAUUUUAUUUAUUGAUGAAGAAACACAAUCACCUGUUAAUGGUAGUGUAAAUGCUAAUGGAACUUCAACAAAUGCAACAAAUAUAAAUGGCACCACAUCAGCAACAACAAAUGGGACUCCAGUUGAAGGUAAAAUAAGACGAACCCCCACAAUUGUUUCGAUAGCACCAGCAUUACCAGAUUCAAUUACAAGAAGUUGUAGCGUUGGUUAUUUAGAUUCAGUUGAAAUUGUACCAUCAGAUGAAGCAUUACUAAUGCUUCGAAAAGAUGCUCCGAAACGAUUAGUGUUGGUUGAUAAAAAACCUCAUAAAAAGAAAAAACAUCAUCAAGAAGAUUUACGCAAACCGAAAUUACAACAGAGCGGUAAAUCAAAAAGUUUAGAUUCCUGUGAUUUAUUUACAACUACAAUUACAAAAUCAAGUAUAAAUAAGGACACUGAAAAAUUAAUGGCAAAAUUGAAUGAAAUUAGUGAUUCUGAAACAUCAACAACACCAAUACUAACACGAAAAUUUUGUAUUAAAUGCCGUAGUAAUUACGAUCAUGGAAAAUGUAAUCGAUGCCAAAACAAUUCAUCAUCAUCAUCUUCACCAUCGAAAGUUAUUAGUAAAAUUGAAAAUAAUUUUAAAAACCUUACAAAUAAUAUAAAUAAUUUAAAUAAUAAUAAUCAAUUAAAUAUAAUAAGUACAACUACAUUAGAUGCAACUAAAACAACAAAUUCAAAUUUAGAUAAUGAAAAUUUAACAAAUAUAUCAACAACAAUAACAACAACAACAAAUACAACAACAUUAUCAUCACCAAGUCUUAUUAGCAAUAAUAAAAUGGAAACAAAUAACGCUUAUAAUAAUCGCCAGUCAACAAGUAAAUUAUUUAGUAGAAAUAAGAAUAAUCAUAGCCUAUUUGAUACAAUUGUCAGUAAAUCAAUGUCCAGUUCAACACGUAAAAAGACUGAAGUGAUAACAAGUUUUACCGACAGUCCAUUAUUUACUAGAAAACAUAGAUUCGGAAAUGGUAGCGGAAAUUCUGGAAACAUAAAUAAUUGUAGUAGUAGUAGCAGUAAAAUUAUAAAUAAUAACAAUAACAAUAUAAAUAGCAAUUUAAAUUUAAAUAAUAAUUUAAAUAAUAUUAAUAAUAAUAUAAACAAUAAUAAUGAAACAAAUGGUUCAAAUAGCCGAAUUUUUAGUGGUUCUGAAAGUACGAAUAAUUCACCGAUUUUAGGUAGAAAAAAUGAAAAUGGUUUUAGUUUAGUCAAACAAUUAUCUGAAGUUAGACGUCGAAGAAAAGAAGCACAAUUACAACAACAACAACAGCAGCAACAACAACAACAGCAGCAGAUGCAAUCAAAACAAAUUCAAAAUCAACAUAAUCAUCAUCAUAUCAAUUCAUCAGGAGGAACAAGUGAUAUUAACACUAUUGAAGUUACUCCUGUCGAAUCAAAAGCAUCUGUUUCGUUACAUACACAGGCACUUACAACUCUUGAAAACAUUAUCAGUAGAUUACGUGAUUUAGAUGAAGGUCGAUAUACACCACCAUGUUCGCCACAACGUUUACCAAGAAGUUCACCAGCAUCACCAGCUCCAAGUAAAAAGGGUAAACGUCACCAAAGUGCAUCACCAAUUCGUCAUAUAUUAAAUUCACCACUAUUAAAUCGACGACAAAAAAAGAAACAAUCAAUCGAAAGUUCUGAUGAUGAAGGAAAUCUGACUAAUGGUUCUGGAGAAGAAAGUGGUGUUAGUAGUAAACAAUAUAGAGACUUGGAAACAUUUCAAAAAGCUCAACUACGUCAAAAACUGAAACGUGGUAAAAUUGAACCAAAUGGUCAUGCUUCUAGCAAUAACAUAUCACCAGUACGAAGAGAAUUUGUUAUGCAUAAUAAAGCACCAAUGUGGAACGAAAUGAGUCAAGUUUAUCAAUUAGAUUUCGGAGGACGUGUAACGCAAGAAUCAGCAAAAAAUUUUCAAAUUGAAUUUCGGGGAAAACAGGUAAUGCAAUUCGGCCGCAUCGAUGGUAACGCUUAUACAUUAGAUUUUCAGUAUCCAUUUUCAGCUUUACAAGCUUUUGCUGUAGCUUUAGCAAAUGUUACUCAGCGUUUAAAAUAAGCCUUUUUAUUAAUAAUUAUAAAAGUGUAGAAAAAAAUAAUAAAAAAAAAUUUUUUUUUUUU